UAGUUAUUCGUGAGUCGCGAGGUUGCUCGCGAUUCCUACGUUUGGUAUCACUGCCGAGUCGGAUUCAAUAUGUGGGAGCGCGUUUAAAUUGCCGCAAAGCGAGCCGCAGCCGCUGCGAAAUCGACAAUGGCAGAUUUCAAUGAUGGAGUGGAUGGCAAAUUGGCAUCCCGAAUGCGUAAGGUGAACCCUGAACAAUUCCACACCCUAGUGAAGAUGCAUCUAUCCUUCGAAUUGGAUCUCCACACAGAGGACAACGAUGCCAUCACUGAAAAAGCAAGACUGAAAAAGUGGGGUCUUCCGAGUUUCACCAAGAAAUCCAAGUCCUUAGUCAGUCUGGAGAAGGGUACGGAAGGUGUUACUUUAUCCGAGGACGGUAUAAAUCACGUGAUGCAAUUGAUAAAUUAUUUGUCUAUGGAAGAAAAUAUUAUACAAGAAGGCAUAUUUCGACGUACUGGGAAGUUAACGAGGCAGCAGGACUUGAAAAUUGCUAUGUCUCAGAGCUUAUCCCUGGAUCUGGAUGAUGGACGAUUCAGUGUGCAUGAUUGUGCAUCAGUGCUGAAAGGAUUUCUGGCGGAGCUGUCGGAACCACUUCUGACAGAUCUGCAUUAUCCGGCACAUUGUCAGAUAGCUGAAUUAUGCAGUCUCGAUGCAAAGACGAAUGAUGGGAGACUGUUGAGAUCUUUGCAGUUGCUUCUUCUGCUUCUGCCAUCUAUAAACAGAAUCCUGUUAAAGGCCAUCCUCACUUUGCUGAACAAAACCGCAAGUUACGAGCACAGUAACAAGAUGAACAGCGAUACACUGGCCACUCUCUUCACACCGCACUUGCUGUGUCCGCGUAAAUUGUCACCGGAAGCCCUGCACAUCAACUCGCAGAAUCUCUCGUGCCUGGUGGCGUUCAUGAUCAGAAAGGGUAUGGAGUUGUUUGAAAUUCCGCCGAAAUUGGCGACGGACAUAAGAGCGUACUGGAUGGAGCAAGAGAGAAAACUCUUGAGCCCUAAGAAGACCGACCUGAACGAGUCGAUACCAGACACCACUUCGACGGCUCACACUGUGUUCAGCUUCGUUGAUCGUAAGUUAACGGCGAAAGCGAAUUCUACGCAGGACACACAGGCGGCAUUAGCCCAACUCUACGCUCACAUACAAGCCAUGCCAGAGUCAGCGAAAAAGCGGAGACUCGUGAAACAAUUUAAUAAGGAAAACGGCCAGGGUACACCCAGGCAUGCAAAGCAUUGCAAGACUAAGAGUCUCGGGGAUUCCAUAAAGAAGCACAUCUUUCACAAUAGGAUUUUGGGUCAUAAGAAGUUCGUCGAUAUCAAUGUCAGAUGUAAUAUCUCCCGAUCGAGCAGUGAAGAGAAUAUAUUAUCAAUGAAACUGGAAAACUCAUUGCUUCCGGCGAGAACGCUUCUCAGCAAGUCGAACGACGAGCUUAGUGUGGAGAACUGUGAUAUUAAGACUAAUAACGAUCCCCUGCGUGCCAAACAUACGAGUAGCAAUAUAAGUAGCUGUAAAACCUCCGACACUCUGAAUUGUAAAGCAAAGAGGAAAUUGUGCGAUCGGUCCGUCAGCGGACAUGAAAAGUCGGACGAGGGAGACGACCUCGGGGAAAUCGCGGAACAGAGCUCGAAGGCAUCGCAGGGAGCGUCUCUUGAUCUCGACGGUGACCGGUUUAGCUCACUGAAGGCGCCGGUGGAGCUCAACUCGAGUACGAGUCUGCAGGAGAUCGACACGAUGAGUGCGCCCGACGAACGAUCCCCUUGCGAUAUCGCGCAUGCGGUGACUAGUCGCGACGAUAGUCCGCACGAGGCCGGCAAAUUGACGCGGCAACUUAGCGAGCCUGCCGAUAUGUACUCCUCUCAUGGUGUCGUUCACCAUUGCGACCGCUCGUCGACGACGAGCGGCGGUGAAUUGGCCCGACCGAACUCGGAGCCUGCGCUGCCGUUCGUCGUCACGCAAUCGGACGCACAGGACGACGCGUCCUCCCCUUCGGAGACUCGUACGCCGAGCGUGGAAGCGUCGAGCGUCGCCCCGAACGUCGAGCCGCGUACGGAGAGUGCAUGCGCGCAUUUGUCGCCGAUCGUGAGAAACCGAUUCAGGAACGUGUACGCCGUCCACACGUCGACACCGUCGAGUCUGCUGCGCCGCAGUUUGGCUACUAACGACUACAUGUUAACACCUAUUACUAACAACGACGACCGAAGCAUGAGUCCGAUCACGCAGAGCGCGACGAAGAUGUCGAAGGCGAUGCAGGAGAGCAUGAUGACUCCGCGCUCUAGGAAACCAGUGAUGAUAGUUUCAACGUCGAACCUCUGCAACCUCGUGACCAACAGUUGCAACCAACAAUGCAACGUGGCCAACGGCGCCUUGCGCGGAUCGAAUUUGGGCAUGCUCGGUGCAACGAACUACACUUCCAUCCUGGAGGAAUCUCAGACGUGCAACAACAGCGCGGACCACGUACCACCGUGUCACGUUGCGAAGGAGGACGCUCAUGGAGGCCGCGAUGCGGACGGCAACGACACGCCCGAGAGGCACAGCUGCGACAACUUCUCCGUCGCCAAAUGCUGCACUACGACAACGCAGCAAAGCUCCGUGUCGAUAACGAGCACGUUUCGGGAGUACCUGCUGUCGAGGAGCGUCCUGACGGCCAGCCCGGUCGACCUGAGCUUCACGUCGCGCACGGGCGACUUCGAACAGUCCGAAUCCGACUUGAACAUCCUGAACGACGAUGACACGCUUUCCGACAGCCUGCUGCACUGCCUGGACGGUAAUCAGCCGGACACUUCCGACACAUCCGGCAUAGCGUCCGGCAGCACAAACAGCGCCAACAACUCCACCGAGAAGUUCUCGGAGGAGUUCUCUUCCUCGCCGCGAAAACGAGGCACCAGUCUGCAACGAAACGACUCCAAGAGGUCCGCGAGAGAGCACAAAGAUGCGAAAGGGCACGAGCACUUAAAGCACAGACAUCCGCCGAACGAGUCGGUGAAUCCAUUGAGAAUGAAGGACAGUUUCCAGGAGACGUCUUUUUAGUAGUCGCUCGACAUUCCUCGAGGGCUCUCGAUUGUGUUCAUCGCGCACCGGUGAACCAAUCCGGCGGUAGCCUUUGUUGACAUUAAUCGUAUAUAUCGUCGCUGUAAUUGAAUACUGAGAUAUCUUUAGGGAGCUAAAUCGUCCGCGCGACAUUAUUCAUACUCUGUGCUAAUCUCAUCGACAUUAGUUUUUAUUCCAUCGAUAAAAGAAUACACACCGCCGCGUAAAAGUAGUCUGAUUUACGAUCUAAUUUACAUUCCGUCGCAUUUGUUGCCUUGGUUGAUUUUAAGAAUGUCUCGGUAUCUUUUGUGCAUUAUGUAUUAUACAGGAAGUUAGUUUGUGCGAAUGAUCAAACUAUUGAGUCUCACUCAAGAUCUCGUUGUUUAAAGAUAUCUCGAUAUCGGAGCAACGAUAUAUCGUUGGGUACAAAUAAGUCGCUAUAUUUUUUUACGCUGUAACGAGAGACAAAAAGUUACGAUUCGUUGGAAUUCACCGAUGUAUGACGUAACGUAAGUUAUAUCGAACGCGAAAGUUUAAUGGGGGAAGGAGGGGGGGGUUCGACAGUUGAAUUAUUUAUUCUACUUACGAGAAACGUGUCGUUAUAUAAUAUAUGCAUACAUGAUAUAUAAGAUAUUUAUGCUAAAGAAUUCUCUUUCUUUUUCGUGACACUCUUGAUAAAGGCAUUUGCGAAAGCUGUGUACUGAGUACUGAGACGCAAUUAAGUAUCUUUCUAAUUACAUAUCUUUUUUUCUUUCUAGUUUUCGAAUCUACUAAAUUGCAUAAUAUAUAAUUUUAUAUCUCGAUAUGGAACGUAAUUUAAUGAUUUUUGUGCACCCCAAGUUUACAAUGCGCACAAAGUUUGUUAAAGUAUUUAUAAAUAAAAUUAAGUUUAUAUAUGACGAAUCGUAAUACGAUAUAUUCAUCCUAUAGUGGCGGUUGUACAUGUGACUGUAAAUAUCUUAAAAUUUAUUAAAAACUGAUGUACCACUAGAUUGAUAUUCACAUUUAGAUAUAUUAUUUUUAUUUUUACAUAAAUAUAUAUAUAUAUAAGUGAGAGUACGUGCGUGUACAAAUUAUCCUGAAUUUUUCGACGACUUUAAUAUGAACUAAAAGUAGCCGAAAAAGAAAAAAGAAACACGCUUUCUUUCUGUUGAAAAGGAAAGUAACGCAUACAUACACGCUAUUAUAAACACAAUGUUAUUAUAUUAU